AUGGACCAGAUUGCAACGCUGCGUAUCAUAGUCGAGCGGUCCUUGGAGUGGAACUCAUCACUGUACAUUAACUUUGUCGACUAUGAGAAGGCAUUUGACAAUGUGGAUCGAGAGGUCCUAAGGCAUUACGGCACCCCAGCCAAGGUGGUCAACCUGAUCAAGAGCUCAUACGAGAGAAUGACCUGCAGAGUGAUCCACGGAGGACAGCUUACCAACAGCUUCCAGGUGAAGACUUGA